UUGAACUAUUCCUUCCAUAUAUUCUUGUUGUAUCAUCUGGCCUUAAUAUACCUUAACCUUUGAAACCACUAUAUUUAUUACCAUCUCUAUUGCGAAACAUAACCAGAACAUAACCAGAAAACCUCAAGAAUAAGCAACAAUGGGUGCACUCGACCGAUUAACACAAAUCUCGGGCCAGAUCUCUGGCUCCAAGUCAGCGCGAGAGAAGCUAUUCCAAAAGAGCCCCGACGACAUUGUCGUAACAGGAUGUCUCCGAACGGCAUUCACAAAAGGUGGCAAGGGCGGAUUCAAGGACACGCAAGCGGCUGACCUAAUGGCCGGUGCGCUAAAGGGCCUCCUAGAGCGUUCUAAGAUUGACCCUUCUCUUGUUGAGGACGUUUGCGUCGGUGAAGUCCUAGCUCCCGGCGGUGGUGCUACCGAAAUGCGCGCCGCAGCCCUCGUCGCCGGCUUUCCUGAGUCUACCGCCGUUCGCACCCUCAACCGCCAGUGUUCCUCCGGUCUCCAAGCCUGCGUCGACGUCGCCAACCAGAUCCGCGCUGGAAUGAUCGAAGUCGGUGUCGGUGCCGGUGUCGAGAGCAUGAGCUUGCACUAUGGCCCCGGUGCUGUAACCGAGUUCUCCGAACUCCUCGAAUCCCACCCCGAAGCCGCAAACUGCAAAGUACCAAUGGGCGUACUCUCCGAAGACAUGGCACGCGACCUCAAAAUCUCCCGCGCAGACCAAGACGCCUUCGCCGCAUCCUCAUACCAAAAAGCGCUGAAAGCGCAACAAGAAGGGCUCUUCGACCAAGAAAUCCACCCCCUAACCGUCCAAUACACCGACCCCAAGUCCGGCGAAACUAAGACUAUAACCGUGAACAAAGACGACGGAGUACGCCCUGGAAUCACACCAGAAAGCCUAUCCAAGAUCCGCUCCGCGUUCGCCGAGGGUGGAUCGAUCCACGCGGGUAACGCAUCGCAGGUCUCGGACGGCGCAGCCGCUGUUUUACUCAUGAAGCGAUCUACGGCCGAGCGUCUAGGCCAGACUAUCCUAGGUCGCUUUGUAACAGCCAGUAUCGUGGGUGUUAAGCCCUUACUCAUGGGUAUCGGUCCCUGGAAAGCUAUCCCCAAAGCGCUCGAACUCGCGGGUGGUCUUACGGUUGAUGAUAUCGAUGUCUUCGAGAUCAAUGAGGCGUUCGCGAGUCAGUGCUUGUGGUGCGCAAACGAGCUGCACAUUCCCAAGGAGAAGAUCAACCCCAAGGGUGGCGCCAUCGCGUUCGGUCACCCACUUGGAUGCACGGGUGCCAGACAAGUCAGCACCUUACUAUAUGAAUUAAAACGCCGUGGCCAGAAGGUUGGUGUUACGAGUAUGUGUGUCGGUACCGGUAUGGGUAUGGCCGCCGUCUGGGUUGCCGAAUAAAUGCUACAAUAAUUAAGGGAAAAUAUGUGUUCAGGUGUAUACUAGUACUACGUGUUACCUGUUUGGAAACGUCAUCUUGGGGGGUUGUCGAUAUAUCACCACAUAUAUGAAGUCACGAACGAGGCGAUUUGUUCGGGGCGACCAAAUAGCAUUGUGUAUAUAUUAUCCUUUCGGCGUUUAGUAUCCA